AUGUCCUCGGACGGGUCUGUUUCUGAAAUGUCGGCGACGGAAGUAAUUAGCGCCGGGCCGUUUACCAUGUCCCGGGUACGAAAUUGGCUUUCGGAAAACGCGCGGGACUCGCACACUCGCGGGGCAAUUGCGGCGCUGGCGCAGUAUCGCGUCUCGAACGACAACGCAGUUCUCGCUCGGCACGUGUUCGCCGUGUGCCAUCGCCGUGGCCGGACAGAUUCCGGUGACCCGGACGCGGACGAAUUGGCCGGAGCUACAGAACGCGGCCGUUUACACGCGCCGGCCGACCGAUUUCACGGACCAUUUUCCGACCGAGCGCCGUUAGUGCAGCGCCCGAGAUAA